UCUAGUUCAGGGUAGAAAGUACAGCAUGUUCUGUCGAAGAAUUUCGGGUUUUGCCCGAAUCGGAACGCGUUGUCUUCCCAGAAUUAUUCAAAGAAGUUACAGACUUCAGUACACCACAGUUCUGACAAAAAUUUCCCGAUGUUUCUCAAGCCAAACUUUCUCUAACAGCGAAAUAUCAAGCUUUCGCUUGUGGAGCGAUGGCGGCGGUGAUCAUGUUGCUUCGAAUCCUUUUGAUGAUUUAGGUGCUUGGCACGACGCUGAAGCCAGAUCUUUCCUUCACAGCGUUUCAGUAGAUACUGUUGGUAAAAGUACUGCGAAAGGACAACGAGAAGCGAAUGAGGAUUGCUACAAAAUUUUAGAACUAGAACCAGACUUGUACUACUUCGCUGUGUUCGACGGUCAUGGGGGAUCAGUGGCUGUGGAGUUUGUGAGCGAACAUCUCCAUGAUUGUAUAAAGAACUGUUACAGAUGCGAUAAAAGUAUCAAAAGUGUAUUAUUGGACGCUUUUGCUAAAUGUAACAGUGAUUUGAAGGAAUACUGCGAGUGGCUUAUUGAAAAAGGUCAUGAAAGAAACAUAUUACACUGUGGUACCACAGCGACUGUUGCUCUUUUACAAAAUGGUACAGAUCUCACAGUAGCUAGUGUUGGAGACAGCAGCGGCUUGAUGUGCCGCAUGGGUGAAGCAGUCUCAAUGACAAAUGCACACCAUCCAUCUAGAGAAGAUGAGCAGAGAAGAAUUAAGUUGUUUAAUGGAUGGAUUGAUUGGGGACCAAAUUCUCCAAAGGUUAAUGGAAAGCUUGCAAUGACGCGCUCAAUUGGUGACUUUCAUUUGAAGCCCUAUGGAGUCAUUGCCAUUCCUGAAGUACAGCAGUUUAAACUGGAUUUUAAAGCAGAUUCUUUUAUUGUUUUGCACACUGACGGCGUGUCGCAUGUUAUGUCAGAUGAGGAAAUUACUGACCUUGUGCAGACUUGUCCUGAUGCUGAACAUGCUGCUAACAUUCUGACACAUUGUGCAAUACAGUAUGGUUCAGAAGACAAUAUCACCGCAAUAGUUAUUCCUCUGAGACUUUGGACUGAAAAACUCAAACAGAAAAUAUCAAAGGAGCACAGCUUACUGAAAAACAUGAGAAUUAAUUACAUUUGAAUAUUCUUGUACUAAGUUCAAGUGCUGUCUCCUUUGUUUGGACCAUGUUGGGAGAUAGAAGAAGAAUUGAAGUCAUCUUGGGAUAUUUUUUUAUACUAACAUUUGUGUUGAGUAUUAAAUUCUGACAUCAUAGAAUGAUUUUUCAGCAAUUUGGCCCAAUAUUUUGAUCAGUAUACACAGGAUUCUUUACAAAUUCUUCCCCUAUAUAUUGUGUGAGUAACUUCCCACAUUGCACGUAAUAAGUAUUUCGGGAAUUUUGAGAGUAGUUUUACAUUCUUUGAAAUAGAUUUUAUAAUUUGGCGACUGUGUAAGAUUUCGCUGGGUUUCUUUAUUGACACAUCCAUUGUUGUCAAGAAAAGCAUGGUGGAAUCCACCACUUUGCCCAUCCUCCAUUAACCUUAGAAAAUUCAAAAGAAGACCUGCAGGAACAGGAAUUCCUGCCAAUCCAAUUAGAACAUUUUUAUGGGAUUAUAUUUAUUUACAACCACUGUUUUUAAAUUAUUAUUGUUGGCAGACUUACUUGUACUCAUAUUUUUGUUAUUUAUGUAAAUAAUAUUGAGAAUAUUUCUACAAGAGCAUGCUCUGUGCUUGAGUCCUCUUGCAAUGGUUGUAAAUCAUACUGUAAUAUAACACAGUGUCUGUAAAUUUUAUGAUGUUAAAAAUUCUUUCUCUGAUCAGUGAAGACAUGUAUUGGAAGAUUUUUCCAUACCAAUAAAUUACUAUAAACCACAGCACCAAGAGCUAUUUUUUUUACUUUCAGUCAGGUUGUUGAAACAUCAGUCCCCAUAACUGAAAACAGUCCUUCUUGGGACUACGCUCACUACCAUUUUUUUUUUCUUACAAAUGUUCUUAUUUGAUUUUAUGGUCCUAGAAUAGUUGCUGUACCUAG